AUGGUUCUAAAAAGGAUAUUCCGGACGGUUAUCAUGGGACCUCCGGGCUCCGGGAAGGGCACAGUGUCGGGGCGCAUAGUAAAACGUUUCGGAUUAACGCAUCUUUCAAGUGGGGACCUUUUGAGGGCCAACAUUAAAGCCAAAACAGGUAAAAUUAGAUCAGGGUGCAGUUCUAAACCUCUCCACAUACGCAGAUAAUGGAAAUGGCUGGUAUGGUUGAAGAUUAAAUUAAGCAGAAUUUGAAGUAAUGCAUUGUCUACAUUUACAUUUUAGUCAUUUAGCAGACGCUCUUAUCCAGAGCGACUUACAGUUAGUGAGUGCAUACAUUUUCAUACUAGUCAGUUUCUUCGAAGUAGUCAGAUUGUUCCCACUUGCUUGUGUUAGGUGUUUGUCAUGCAUGAACAGCAGCAGUUGACACAUUAGAUAGCAUUGAUGUUGCUACCAGUACCAUGUGCUGACCCACAGACAUCAAUUCAACGUCUAUUCCGCGUUGGUUCAACGUAAAAUUACGUGGAAACAACGUUGAUUCAACCAGUGUGUGCCCAGUGGGUAAAUUGUAUGUGCGAUAUUCAUAUUGUCAAAUAAUCAUUCAUAAACCAAAAUGAAUAUGAAAAUGUGGGAUGCAAUCAGAUUAUUUGGGAUGUUAUGCACAAAAUGUAACAGAGAGAAUAAACAAAUUGUUAUCCACAAGAUGAUGCAAUGAAGCAUGCGAUGUCCUGAAAACGACGAUGGUGGUUGCUCAUUGUCCUACUCUCCUGGGGAGAAAGAUACAGAUCAAGAGUUUAAAAAGUUUACUUUCUAAUGACCCCUGACCUAAACAUCUGGAUUUUCUGUCUAACUAGUUGUUGUUUUGUUGAAGUUGCUCUUGACAACUAUUACAGAGAUGGUAAUAUACCUAUACCUUGCAAACAAAAUACUCCCCUACAGUAGCCAAAAGUGUGUUUCUGGUCUGACUAUGAUAAUAGAAACAGUUAAAUUAAGUCCAGUUCAUAUUCUUAUCUUGCUGCAAUAAGGUCGAGCUUGACUAGUUUGGAGAGCUGACAAGACCUCGCUCUCAUAUUAUUGAGUGGAAAGAAUGUUUUAUUUUGAAACAAUUUACACACCUCUAUUAUACAGCAGAUCUACAGCUAUAGUAGACCUGUGCACAGGUAACCUGAUAUCUGAAUCACCUGCCACCUGAGCUUUCUACAGUGAAGGUCAUGUGGUUCUGUAUGUAACUGCAACUUGUUAUCACACUGCUCCAGCUUUUACCUUGACUGAAGUCCCAUCAGAUGUGAGGAGUAGCCUAUAGCAGACAACUGACAUUCAAGGACUUUGUUCCCACUUCCCCUUGCUCCUUUUUUUCACACUGGAAUGAUAUGAAACACAUUAAGGACUAUAAAGUUAUUUCUGAACACCCACAUGAAAACAUGACGAGAAUACUUAGUUUUAUUGCCCAUACAAUCUGUGAUCUAGUUAUCAGUUUAAUAGUACAUUUUGUAAGUAUGUACACACUUGGCACACAGCAAGCCAUGUGCCAAGUCCUCAAAGAAUGCAAUAGUUAAAAGAAUGCAAGCCUGUAUUUUUUUCAGUCUAGUGUGCAGCUUAUUUGUUCUAGCCUGAGAUGAGCGCCACUGAGCACAGUAGGCUAGUAUACCUAUGCUGCUCCUUCUAUGGCCCUGGCCUGCACAGCCGCCUCCUCCGACUGUUACAGAAAUUCCUUUCUGCUGUUGGAGUCAGACAAAGACUCAAACUUUUUGGUGCCGGGGACCCCUUUUGUGAUAGCAAAUUAAUCAGGGACCCCUUCAUAAUCAGAACACAACUCGAGUGAGAUAAAAAAAAUAGCAUACAAGGAGUUACUAUGACUUUGGCAGUUUUAAAGCUUAAAUUACAGUGCAUUUAUGUAAAAAAAAAGAAAGAAAUAAUACUUUCUGGAGAAUACAUGAAGUAUUCAGUUGAAAAAUAUACAAUUGGUGGAGUACUGUGGAUACCAAUAUCCCUGUGAGCCUCCCAGAACAUAAAUUGUAGAUCCUUAAUAUGAGGGGAGGGGGGUGGGGGGGAAUUCUGGCCUGAAAAGGAAAUAAUCUACAAAAGUAUUUCGAAACCUAUUAGAAAUAUACUCUGAGUACAUAUCGUAAUCCAUUUGGGUGAUUUUGUCUCUCUUUUCUCGACUUGGUAAAGAUUCAGGAUGUUUUUUUCUUUAAUGUAUUCUGGAAAGGAUAAUAUUUGGUAGAAUAUGUUCUCACUAGAGAAUAUAUAAUAAAGAUGACAGAUCUGAGCUGUUUGUGUUCCUGUAUCUCUUCUUCUGGCAGAGCAGGGAAAUAUAUAUAUUUUUUAUCCUUCCAGAACUGGGUCUUCUGAGAGAAUAAAUAGUAAAGAUCACAGCUCUGAUCCUUGUGUUAUUCUGUCUCCUCUCCUGGCAGAGCUGGGUCUUCUGAUUUAAGUGCAUAAUGUGUACAUGUUUAAAAACUAAAGAUGACAGCUCUGAGCUUUAUGUUCCACCGUGACUCUUGCAGAGCUGGGUCUUCUGAUGAAGUCAUGCAUCGACCAGGGUCAGCUGGUACCCGAUGACAUAAUCUCCCGUCUCAUCCUAACAGAGAUGAGGAGCAUAGAGCAGAGCAGCUGGCUGCUGGACGGUAAGCAGUAAGCACCUGCACCACACUCAUUACACCAACAGAGAGAGAGCAAGAGGAUGACAAUGGGGAAAGAUAGAAAGGUUGUAUCAAAGGGCAGUAUAGGUCGGACUUAAACGAUGACGUGUGUGCCGGAGGCUGCAGCAUUACCGCUAGACCAGCCAGGCCACCCGUUACUCAUCUUUAGGCACACCAUUUAUAGGCAUAGACAAGGCAAUAGGCAUAUGUUUUAAAAGGCAUUCAGUACACUCCAGACACCUUCAAGUGAGUAGGAAUAUGCUUUGGAUGUGUUUUUAAGAAACAUUUACAUUACUUGGAACAGCUUGCUGCUGAACAGUAAACAGCACCUGCACUCAUUAAGCUAUUGGUCUUUGCGCGCGCGCACACACACACACACCGCUCAUUAAGCUACUCAUAUUUAGGCACGCCAACAGUCUCCUCCACCAGCCGACUCUCUAGCCAUUAGCCUGGCUUAAAGGAAAAAUUUACCCAAAACCACUCAUUCAUAUAAUUUACAGUGUGAGAACAAUAUUUUUUGUCAACAAAUGCUUCAUUUUGUCGUUAUAAUAAGGUUGGUAGCAACGUGAAAAUCAUUGUGGAAUUCCGUUGCAGCUCAAGUCGACUACAAAAACCACAAUGCAAUGCUCUCUAUAUGGGCUGGCUGGCUAGCUAGCAAACGUAGCUACACACAAUAAUACCAAAGUCAAUAUCAGCAUGUCAAGUAGCUAGUUAGCUCUAAAAGUUAGACCCUCUGUUAAAUGAAACAUUUCUGGCGUGUAGGAAUAUCGCAAAAAAUGAUCAAUGGCUCAUUCGCGAGAAGACAACCUCCCGCGUUAUGACAUCGGCCAGUAUUGAAAUCUGCCAUGUAUGAUAGACGUUUUCGCGAUCUUAAAGUCGUAUUCCUAUUAACUCCCAUUGUAGUGAGAGCGCCUUUAUCGCAAUGCCACGCCAUACCGUCCGAAUUUCUGCCUGCUUGAACGGCAAUAGCUCAGAUACACAUGAAAACAUGAAAUGACCCAGGGAAUCGAUAGAACAUCACCCAGAGAUCACAAAAACAAUAUAACAUUUAAAAUGGGUCACUCUUUACUUAAAGUAAAAAGGCAUACACGCCAUAAACCUUCAGGUGAGUAGGAAUACGCUUUGGAAAUGUCUACAUUGAAUACGUCUUGAUAGCUUUCAUACUAUUUAUUAUAACUUUGUAAUGUAUUUAUAGAUGAUAGAUGUAUUCUCUUUUGUGGGAAAAAUCUAAUAUUUAUGAAAAUGGCUCUUAAAGGGUUAAAUAACCUUAGACCACUAAGGCAGAUGGACUAUCAGAUCAAUUUGUGUUCAUCCUGGCCCAAGGCGGUUUUCCAUUUCAAAAUAGCUGUCAAAGUGGGAGAUAAAGGCAAAUAGUACAGUCAUGCAUGCAUCAUGUUAAAGGGAUACUUCGCGGAUUUUGGCAAUGAGGCCCUUCAUUUACUACCCCAUAGUCAGAUGAACUAUUGGAUACCAUUUUUGUCUCUGUGUCCAGGGCCGGCCCGCUCAUUAGGCAGGAUUAGGCGGCAGCCUAUGGCGGCAGCCUAUGGCUGCAGAUUGAGGAGGGCAGCAUUUUCCUGAGCUAAACUGACCGAGACACACCUCCAACAACACAUAAAACCUCACAUAAUUCUGCCCAAAACUAAUGACAAUUUCUCUGAACCAGUGGCAUAUGGGCUUUUUAGGUGAGAUCUGAUGCCGCCCUAUGAUAAGCAGUGCCCACUUUGUCAAAGGCAGGGAGGCAAAAUAUUGCUCUUGUCCAUUCCCUAGCGCACCUCUCCAGGGUGCUGUUGGAGAGUGACACUUGAGCUGGGGUUUUCUCAAUUCAUCUUUCCAUGAUUCCUCGCCUACUUUCUCUUAUCCCAUCUCUUCGUCUCCUUCUCAAACAAAUCAAUAUGCGCUGAAUACAACAGGUGUAGACCUUACCGUGAAAUGCUUACUUACAAGCCCUUAACCAACAAUGCAGUUCAAUAAAUAGUUAAGAAAAUAUCUAUUAAAUAAACGUAAGUAAAAAAUAAUAAAAAAUAACACAAUAAUGAGGCUAUAUUCAUGUAGGUAGGGGUAAAGUGACUAUGCAUAGAUAAUAAACAGGGCCGUACGCACUACCCUCUGUAGCGCCUUACGGUCGGAUGCCAAGCAGUUGCCAUACCAGGCGGUGAUGCAACCGGUCAGGAUGCUCUCGAUGGUGCAGCUGUAUAACUUUUUGAGGUUCUGGGGACCCAUGCCAAAUCUUUUUAGUCUCCUGAGGGGGAAAGGUGUUGUCGUGCCAUCUUCACGACUGUCUUGGUGUGUUUGGACCAUGAAAGUUUGUUGGUGAUGUGGACACCAAGGAACUUGAAACGCAUUGGAGAAGAAGGUACGAGGGAAGGGACCUUGGACCUUCUCCAACUAUACAGUUGAGAAGGAGGCGAGGAGAGAUGAGAAGAAUCGCGGAAAGAUGAAUUGGAAAAGAGCCUGACUCUGGGCCUAUCCUUUCCUGUCAGGGUUCCCCCUUGUGAAGAUUGUGAACAUAGAACUCUAGAAUGGACAUUCUCGAGCUAUGAAGGUCUAUAACUUCAACCACUCUAGUGUAUUAAAAAUCUCUAUGGUUACGACUGGUCUCUUCUGUCUGGCAGGGUACCCCCGCACCUUGGCUCAGGCGGAGACUCUAGACGGCGUGUGCAGUGUGGACAGAGUCAUCAACCUGGACAUUCCUUUCCAGACCAUCAAACAGAGACUGACCUCUCGCUGGCUGCACCUCCCCAGCGGACGCGUCUACAACAUCGACUUCAACCCACCCAAGAUAUCU